GUGCCGGUUCUGGUCUGGUGCCCGGCGCUGACGGUGGCAGAAGCGCUGAGAAGGGGAGACGGCCACGCCAGGUUCUCCUUCUCCAGUCUGUUGCUGCAGCUAUUUUGAAUCUGCUGGAUAAAAUACUUUAUAUUGUGAAUAAAAGGGAUAAUUUACACUCCUGAAAAAAUGGCAGACGUUGAGAACUGUGACUCUUACCCUUCAAGUCCACUUGAGCUGUUUGAAAGAGUGACUGCACAAGGAGAAAAAGUCAGAUCACUGAAAGCAGGGAAAGCAUCAACGGAUGAAAUUGAUGCAGCAGUGAAGCUGUUAUUGUCAUUAAAAGUGACUUAUAAAACAGCAACAGGACAAGAUUACAAGGCUGGUUCUCCUCCAGUCAAUUUCUCACCAGUAAGCAAUAAUGGUCCAACUACUACACAGGAUGAGGAUUUUGUAGACCCUUGGACAGUGCAGACAUCCAAUGCGAAAGGCGUAGACUACGACAAACUUAUAGUUCGAUUUGGAAGCAGUAAAAUUGAUAAAGAGCUAAUCAAUCGAAUAGAGAGAGUUACUGGAAAAACACCUCACCACUUUCUGCGCAGAGGCAUCUUUUUUUCUCAUAGAGAUAUGAACCAAAUUCUUGAUGCAUAUGAAAAUAAGAAGCCCUUUUACCUUUAUACAGGUAGAGGCCCCUCCUCAGAGGCAAUGCAUGUUGGUCAUCUUAUCCCAUUUAUUUUCACAAAGUGGCUGCAAGAAGUAUUUAACGUUCCCUUGGUUAUACAGUUGACUGAUGAUGAGAAAUACCUGUGGAAAGAUCUGACAAUUGAGAAAGCUUAUGAAUAUGCUAUAGAAAAUGCAAAGGACAUCAUAGCCUGUGGUUUUGACAUCAAUAAAACCUUUAUCUUUUCUGAUCUUGACUACUUGGGGAUGAGUUCAGGAUUCUACAAGAAUGUUGUAAAGGUUCAGAAGCAUGUUACAUUUAACCAAGUGAAGGGAAUCUUUGGCUUUACAGACAGUGAUUGCAUUGGAAAGAUCAGUUUUCCUGCUAUCCAAGCUGCUCCAUCCUUUAGCUCAUCAUUUCCACAAAUCUUCAAGGACAAGAAGGACAUUCAGUGUCUUAUCCCAUGUGCCAUUGAUCAGGAUCCUUAUUUUAGAAUGACAAGGGAUGUAGCUCCGAGGAUUGGAUAUCUUAAACCAGCCUUAUUGCAUUCGAUCUUCUUCCCAGCGCUGCAAGGAGCACAGACAAAAAUGAGUGCUAGUGACCCCAACUCCUCCAUCUUCCUCACUGACACACCCAAGCAGAUCAAGACAAAGAUCAACAAGCAUGCCUUCUCUGGAGGUAAAGAUACUAUUGAAGAACACAGGAAGUAUGGGGGUAACUGUGAGGUUGAUGUCUCUUACAUGUAUCUCACCUUCUUCCUUGAAGAUGAUGACAAACUUGAAAAAAUGAAGCAGGCUUACACAAGCGGAGCACUGCUCACAGGAGAGCUAAAGAAGGUGCUUAUUGAAACACUACAGCCCUUGGUAGCAGCUCAUCAGCAGAGACGCAAACAGAUCACAGAUGAAAUGGUGAAACAAUUUAUGACUCCACGGAAACUGGCAUUCGAUUUUUAAUGAUGUAGAUGUAAUUUAUCAAUAGGUAGGAAAUAGACUGAAUUUGUUUUCUGUUGUGUGUCAUCACUCCUUAAUUAUGCAAAGGCUGCAAUCAGUGCUUUAUAAAUGUUGCUCUUAACAAGUUAUUUGCAGUGUACGAUCAGUGACUAUUUGGAAGAAUUGUUAAGACAUUAUUCAUAUAUGUAUUUAAAAAAACCAAAACUUGUUAGGUGAGGUAUCAAUUUCAUUGUAACACAAAUGAUAGCUGCCAGAUUCUUUGGCGAACCAUGUUAGUUAGCAGAGGACCCUAUUACUGUACUUAAGUUGAAAAUACUAAAAUAUAAUAAUAAAAUUUCUAUUGUAAUGCCAAAGUCUAACUUGUUCUAGAUAUGCUAGUAAGAGUCCAUAGCUCAAAAAGAAAUGAAGUUCUUAGUAGAUCCAACUUUUUUUAUCCUGUGUUUCUCAGCUUAAUGGACUGGGUUAUAAUGGUGGCUGCUCAGGGACAUAUUGCACAUACGCAGUAGGUGAGUUUUUCAGGGUACAUUGUACAGGAAUAUGUUCCCUAUGUUAAAUGGAUAUGGAGUAUACGCAUCUCUGUUGCUAAAGCAGAGAACUGGGAGUCAUGCUGACUCUGCCACAGCCUUUUGGCAAGUCACAGAACCUUCUCUCCCUUCAUUUCCACAUCUGUAACAGUGGAGUGAUAAUACUGACCUCCCCAGACACUGGGCCAAGUUCACUAAUGCUUGUAAAGUUUUUAUCCUCAGAUGGAACACACUAUAGAAAUGCAAAUUACUUUUUCAUUACCGGGAUCUAAAAUGCCUCAGAUUAUGCUGAGAAACCCCUUAUGACUGAGGUAUUCCUUUUAAGUUGUUCAUUUGUUAGAAAAUCUACUUCCUUGAAAUACCCCAUAAAAUAUUUCCAUGUCCAAUUUCUUUAAGCAACAGACCCUUACAAUCUUUAGUGCAAUACAUGCAAUAGCAAUACAAACAAUCAACUGACAUUUUUUGAUAGUGCUGAAAACAGUAUUCAUUAGACUGGAUCUAAAGUAUAACAAUUUAUGUGUAUUUAUAACUCAGACCUGUCUGGAUGAUAGAAUUGGAAAUACAGUUGAGCACUGAAAACAGAGUUAUAUUGUAAUAUUUGACGGUCAUUUAAAAUGAAAUGAAAGUAGCUAGGACUGUUUGUAAGAUUCCAUCCAUUAGAGGUUGAUUCAGUAAACUAUGUAUGUGGUAUGAAAGGUGAUAGGUAGUUUGAACCCCCUGAAAAAGCAAUUUGUCAGGACUUCCAUACUGUAGAACCUGGACACAUGCAUACCAAAGUCUGUGGUGUUUGUACAAUGAACAGUGCCCUAGUAGUCCUUUACCUAUAUAAAGGUACACUCCCAACUUUUUUCAUACCUUACUAGAUAGAGGGUGUGACAUUCUGUACCUUGGGGGAGCAGCCUGUAACCCCCCCAUAUUCCUCAUCUGUAUAUAAUUAUAUAAUUUACAUAUAAAGCAUGCCUUGUAAGGUAUCAGGGGAAAGGUUAUGAUCUGCUGAAAGUCAUUUCUCUGUCCACAUAUGUAUAUUAUGAAUGCAUGUGAAGUUAUGAGAGUUGUGUUGUAUGGUUGUCACUAAAACAUGCUGUAAAUUGGGGAAUCAGCCAGAUAUUAGCUCUCCAGAGGCAACAACAAGGAAAGUAACUGACAACCCGCCCGAGCGUUGAACAACCCAUCAACAGCCAUUGUCCAGCAAGGGAGCUACAAUUCAAUGACUCACCUGCAUGAGGCCACACCAAGGGGAUUGCUCAACUUUGCCUGGAGACUCAGCAAUGCCCCCCAGGCAUGCCUGGACUUAUGUUCUACAAGCACAUGGACUGAGGGUAUAAAACUGAACCCAGGGGGCCCAGGCUUGGCCUUUCUCUUUCACCCACCUAUGCUGCAAGCAACAAGGACACUCUGAAGACUCCAACUGAGGGGACUGGCCCAGAUUUCAAGGGUGAAAUCUAUAUAUUAUGGACAGCAAUAUCCAGUGGGGUGAGAAAAACUGCUUAAUCUAAAUGUUGCCCAAUCUAAUAGGGUUGAGAGUUUAGACUGGGGGGUAAUAUUUUCUUUUCUUUUGGUAACUAACUCUGACUUUUUGCCUAUCACUUAAUAGCACUUAAAAUCUAUCUUUUGUAGUCAGUAAACUACUUUUACUGUUUACCUUUACCAGUGAGUUUGUGGCAAAUCUGCUCAGGUUUGCAAAGGCUGGUGUAUAUUCACUUUCCAUUGAUGAAGUAGUGAACCAAUUAAUAAAUUUGCACUGCUCGUCUUGAGCAGUGCAAGAUGAUAUUUUCCUGAGGUACAGUACUAGGAGCUGGGGGGAUUCGGCUCUGGUGCCUUUCUCUGUCUGGUUCAUGAGUGUCUCUGGGAGCAUUCAUGCAAUCUAGCUGGGUGUGGGGUCUCCACAUGCGGUUGUGCUGAGUGAUAACAGCACCUGGAGGGGUUUGUUGCUGGUCACUAGCCAGGCAUUGUGAGAGACAGCCCAGGCUGAAGAGAGUUCAGGGGGCACAGCGGUCCCACAGCCCCAGGCUGCACCUCAGGGAUCCCAUCACAGAGGUUUAUUGUGGGAAAGGAGGGAGAUGUUUAAUGGGUUAACUUAAAGUCUGAUCCAAAGCCCACUGCAGUCAAUGGAAGCUCUUCCAUUAAGUUCAAUAGGUCAGGCCCUUAAUGCAUGAGAACAUGAAGGACUAAUACAGUAGUCCUGCUUAGAGCUAGCAGACAAUGCACAAUUUCUCCCUUCCCAUCCUCAAAAUUCUGCCAAUGCACUCGGGUCCUGCGGUCUCACAAUUUGGCACAACUGGCAGCUGCUGCUCAGGAGUAUGUUGAGUGGUUUUUUAGUAUGAUGUGGACAUGCGUCCACCUGGGACCAGGAGGUAACUAUGAAACUUGUUAAAGUUGGGAUCUUGCUACCACUUGUUUAAACUUCAUUAUUUAUGUGCUGAAAACUACCGCUCACCCCUGACCUGAUCUUGGGAGGUUUAUGCCUAAAAUCAAACUAUAAUCUAUAUGUUAGGAAAAGUUAAGAAGCUUAAAGAUGUUGAAAAUAAAAAUAAAUAAAGCUGUAAUGCAAGUAGGGGAAAUCAAAUGUGUAAGUAUUUGUAACAGACUUUUCUAAAAGUAUGAGGUGUAAUCAGUUAGCAUCAAGCCUAAAUAAUUAACCUAAGUGCUUGAUUUAGGGUUAUAAGAGUUAGCAAAACAGGCUACAAAACAAAGUGCUUAGUUUUUUCUCCUAAAAUAUGGUGGCCUGAUGUCACAGAUAAAAAUCUCACUGGGUUUAGUACACUGAAGUCAACUUUACCAACAGCUACCCAUUUAUAUAGGCCAUCACAUCACCAUAGUAUCCGAGCACCUCCAAGUAUUUAAAAAUUAAAAUAAUUUCUAUCUAUCGUCCUUCCCAGCCUGUAGGCAAACUAACUUGAUUUCCAUCCUGUCAUACUUGAAGAGGGUAUGGCCCCUGUAUUAGAAAGGUGAAACACUAUGUCUCCGUAUGUGAGAAGUUAACUGUUUGAUUAAUGUGGACUUUUUAAUGGUGACCUUUCUAGUUUCCCACAAUCCAACUUUAACCCUGUUUGAUCCACACUCUCAAUAUUGUAGAGUAUUAUGGGAUUAUGGAUAUUUUUCUCAUUUCUUUGAAGAACUUCCAAUGCAAAUUUCUUGUGUUUGUGCAGAUUUCCCAAGCAGUGCAGCACUAUAUGUCCUAAUUUGUUUCAAUAAACUUGCAUUACUACAGGAGAAAGGGGAACAGAGUGUGCAAUUCUGUAACUUUUAACUCAGAUGUACAGAAUUAUUUUGUAUUUAAGCUGGCGAGCACUAGAAGAAUGUGAAAACAGAAUGAAUUAAACAUGUUUGCUGAUAUAACGCUUUAAUAAAGUACUGCAGUGAUUGCUUACAAAAAGUAUGUUUCUGAAAACUGAAGUUUACAUAUAGCAACAGCAUGAUUAAUAUUUCCCAAUGGAGACUGACAAACUCAAAUUUCCACGGGAAAAUGUCACUCAACAAAUCCCAGAGGUUGGGGAGAACAGAGUCUUCAGAAGCCUCAGUGAAAUCCUUGAGAGCUUUUGUCAGAUAAUGAUCAGCUGAAAACUUUACCUUGACUUACUGGUAUUUUGUUCAUCUCCGUAUAAUAAAAAUAUGGAUUGAGUUGACAUAA